AACGCGCGAUAGCUAUCGCGUACGCCGUGCUGCAAUGCCAUAGGAUGAUAUUGCCGGCUUCAUCGUCGCAGACUCACGAGAUACGCCAAAGUACGGGUUACUGGUGCCCACUGAUACGACGUGACGUUCUUUGGCUUCGACCGUGCUUCGUCACUGACGUUCUGUCCAAUCUAUCGGAAGAAACUCGCAGUAUCGUUCACGGGUUCUGAGAAGGCUUGUAAUGGCCCGUCGUGAUCACGCCCACACCUCGUCGCGCGAUGGGAUUGGAGGGAGGCACGCGCGUGCGCGCAGGUAUGUUCGCAUACGUGCCAUUGGCCACAGCUCGCCUGACGGUGAUCAGCUUAUCGUCGGCGUGGUGGCGUGUUUGACGCCAUGGGGAAUCUUUGCUGCUUUGGUUACGAGAAUGUACCGAACGUUGCAGACUGUAGGUAGCCGGCUCGGGUCACUUUCGGGUCAACGACCAGGGCCCGAUCUAUGCGGGGUGUCUAUACGAACGGGCGGAUGGGACGGUGUUCGAAAGGCGCGGACGCGAACGCGGAGUACGUUCAGAGCGGCUGAGGGCUCCGGGAGUCCAGCAUUGCAUACCACCCGAUAUGAUUGGUCAUCGGAGCGUUGAUUUGUGCAUUCAAUGUCCAGUCGAUGAUAUGGAAGGGAUGGCUGCUAUCGUGGCCCUGGUGAGAUGUCCGGCAGAGAACUGGAAGGCAUUGAAUGAGCGACAGCGAGACAGAUCUUCCGCA